UACUAGGGUGGAGAGCUGGAAAGUUCGCACUGUUUGAAUGCAGUUGUUGAACAAGCUGCUUUAAAACGUCCUGGCAUAAUAUGCCUUCUUGUGUAACAAGUGCUUCAAGCAGAUCCUGGAUGAAGUCUGUAGGGCAUCUGGUGGUCCUCUCCUCUCUCUGUUGUUUUAUCUCUGUAUACUCUGACAGAGAUAGAGUACGUGACUUGAUGUCCAAGUAUCCUCUCAUUGAUGGUCAUAAUGACCUUGCUCUUCAGCUGAGGAAACUUCACAACAAUCGUCUGAGCCAAAUUGACCUUCAUAAUGUUAGCAAUGUGGCCACCGACAUCAACCGUCUCCAAGCAGGCCAUGUACAGACGCAGAUGUUUUCAGUCUAUGUGAUGUGUUGGGCCCAGGAGAAGGAUGCCGUGCGGCUGGCUCUGGAACAAAUAGAUGUGGUCCGACGCAUGUGCACUGAGUACCAGGACUUUAAGCUGGUCACAUCUACCCAGGGUAUAGUACACCUCAACAGGGCAAUUUACAAACAAAACAAACUGUACAACGUCUAUCAAAGACAGAACAACAGCCUGACACACUUUGGAAAGGCCGUGGUGGACGAGAUGAACAGACUGGGAAUGAUCGUGGAUCUUUCCCACACUUCUUGGGAAACGGCCUCGGCGGCGCUGAAGCAUUCUAAGGCACCAGUUAUUUUUAGCCAUUCAUCUGCCUACUCCAUCUGCAACCAUGAACGUAACGUACCUGACUGGCUGCUGCAAGAGCUGAAAAAGAAGCAGGGGUUGAUCAUGGUGAACCUCCACAGCAAAUUCAUAUCCUGUAGGGAUGAAGCAACCAUCUCUCAUGUGGCUGACCAUUUUGACCACAUAAAGAAGGUGAUUGGAGCUGAGUCAAUAGGAGUUGGAGGGGACUAUGAAGGUGCUGUGAGCUUUCCUCGAGGGUUAGAGGAUGUGUCAAAGUAUCCCGCCCUGAUCCUGGAACUCCUGCAGAGGAACUGGACGGAGAGUGAUUUAGCUGAUGUCCUUCGAGGGAACUUCCUGCGAGUGUUCGAGAAGGUCGAGAGGGUCCGUGAUCAGUUGAAGAGCACCGGGCCCAGUGAGGUCCAGAUCUCUGUGGAGGAGGUGCAGAACCCGUGCAGGCUGGACCUCAGACCUCCGGACACGACGGGCCACUCUGACCGGAGCGGAUCCUCCAGAGCCCGGCAGGAACCAAAAGGUCUGCUGAUGCUCUCCAUCGUUCUGCUGCUCUCCAGCCUUCACACGAUUCAAUGAGUGCUUAGAACGUUCAGCUGCAGCUUGAUUUUUAAAGUGGAUUUUUUUUUAAAUAAUACAUUAGAAAAAUAUAUACUUUUGAGGUGUAACCCCAUUUGAGUUACAUUUUUUAAAAGCCACCUCUGUAUAAAGUAUAUAUAUCUAUAUAUAUAACUAUACAUUAACCAUCAUUCCUCUGAAAGGAACUCAGUUAGUUUUGGAAUUUAUUUAUUACAUAUUUAAUUUGUUGCUGAAUUUGUUGUAUCUUGGCUGACACCAUCUCUAUGAGAUAUAAUAAGUGUGAAUAAUGACGCCGAUCAACUCCCUCACCUGGUGUGUUUUCCUUCCCUGUUAAUCACCUGCCUGGCCUCAAGGAGCCUCAGCUGUCCCUAAUCAUUACUCCUCUCCUGUGGAUUUAGUCUGUGCUGUUACCUUGCUCAGUGACAGUUCGUCUUGUCUGUCUAGCAUGAAGUGCUCCAAGAUACUCUCCUAAAGUAAGCUCUGGUUUUAGCUGUUUAGCGUUUGUACCAGCGUUUGUUUUCGUUGCUUCCAGUCUGUAAUUGUUUUUUGUUUUUGCCUGUAUUAUUUAGCCUUUUGGAUUAAACGCUUGACUAAAAUC